AUGUUACACUUAAAAAACAUCGCCAAGGCCGUAUCGCCGCCUCUCAAAAACACAAUUCAAAACGACGCAGUCAAUAAUAUCCUCAAAAUCGCGCCUGCCGCAGUGAACGUUUGCAGAACAUACGCGAAUCAUGAGAUUCCAGACAGGCUCAAAGACAUACCGAACAGCGCUAACCCUCGAUUCUUCGACAUGGUGGAGUACUUCUUCCACAGGGCGCGCCAAGUCGUCGAAGACCAGCUCGUAGAAGACAUGAAGUCGAGGGUACCGAUUGAAGAGAAAAAGAAGAAGGUAGCCGGUAUUCUUAACAUGAUGCAGCCGUGCGACCACAUCAUCGAAAUACAAUUCCCAUUGAGACGCGACUCUGGCGAUUAUGAAAUGAUCCUUGGAUACAGAGCUCAACAUUCCUCACACAGAACCCCAACUAAAGGAGGUAUAAGAUUCUCAACUGACGUAACCAGGGACGAAGUGAAGGCUCUGUCGGCGUUGAUGACAUUCAAAUGUGCCUGCGUAGACGUCCCAUUUGGAGGUGCUAAGGCCGGUAUUAAGAUCAACCCCAAAGAGUACUCAGAACAUGAACUGGAGAAGAUCACACGUCGGUUCACCUUGGAGUUGGCUAAGAAGGGCUUCAUUGGGCCUGGUGUGGAUGUACCAGCCCCUGACAUGGGUACCGGCGAGCGAGAGAUGUCAUGGAUCGCCGACACGUACGCGAAGACUAUCGGUUUCCAGGACAUCAAUGCGCAUGCGUGUGUUACCGGAAAACCCAUUAACCAGGGUGGUAUCCACGGAAGAGUGUCUGCCACUGGCAGAGGAGUGUUCCACGGUUUGGAGAACUUCAUCAACGAAGCUAACUACAUGAGCAUGAUUGGUACUACACCCGGUUGGGGCGGUAAGACUUUCAUCGUGCAAGGUUUUGGUAACGUGGGUCUCCACACAUGCCGGUACUUAGUACGCGCAGGGGCUACCUGCAUUGGUAUCAUUGAACACGACGGUGCUAUUCACAACCCAGACGGUAUCGACCCUAAGGCUCUUGAAGACUAUAGAAUCGAGAAUGGCACAAUCGUCGGAUUCCCCGGGGCGAAAGCCUACGAAGGCGAGAACAUGCUCUACGAGAAAUGCGACAUCCUGGUGCCGGCUGCUGUUGAACAGGUCAUCCACAAGGAAAACGCUCACAAGAUACAAGCUAAGAUCAUUGCCGAAGCUGCUAACGGUCCAACCACUCCCGCCGCAGACAAGAUCCUGAUCGAUCGCAACAUUCUAGUAAUCCCUGACCUAUACAUAAACGCUGGUGGUGUCACCGUCUCCUUCUUCGAGUGGCUGAAGAACCUCAACCACGUCUCGUACGGACGUCUUACCUUCAAAUAUGAAAGGGAGUCCAACUACCACCUCUUGGAAUCCGUACAAGAGUCGUUGGAGCGCCGCUUCGGACGCGUAGGAGGCCGCAUUCCUGUCACGCCCUCGGAGUCCUUCCAAAAGAGAAUCUCUGGAGCCAGCGAGAAGGAUAUUGUACACUCAGGACUUGACUACACCAUGGAGCGAUCAGCUAGAGCCAUCAUGAAGACAGCAAUGAAGUUCAACCUUGGGCUGGACCUAAGAACAGCGGCCUACGCCAACUCGAUCGAGAAAAUCGUCACAACGUACGCGGAUGCCGGUCUCGCUUUCUAA